AUGAACGCGGAAAAUGACCAAAGGGAACAAGUUUUAAAUCGCAAAUGCUCCAAAAGAAAUUUUGAAAAUUUGAAAGCAUUCGAUAGUGUUGAAUUGUUAAGCGAUCUCUCUGCACCGUCUUCGAAUAAGAGGAGUAGAGUACUCCACUCAACGGAAAAAAGUGAAGAUAAUUUUUUUUUUGAUGAGCCAUGUCAUUUUGAUCUCUGUCAAAGACGCAAGAGAAAGUUGGAAGGAAAUCCCCAUGAAAUAGCAGAAAAAAAAAAAAAAAAAAAUUUUACCGAAAUUGAAAAGAGCUAUUACAACUUGGUGAGUGGCAACAAUGAGGGCACCAUAUCGAACUGCUUAAACGAGUUUGCCUCGGAAGAGCCCAACGAACAAAGGCAAAGCGCAUACCAGUUGCACAAAAAUGAGGAAGACGUCACCUCCCCGCACACUGCCAUACCGAAUGAUGAGUUGUUCCAGCAGGAUGAGCAGCUGUCCAAAGGGAAGGGAAUCAGUCAGUUGGCAAUUAUUCCUUUUGAAGGGGAGUACGCGAACAGUGCAUUCAACUACAAAUACGAGAGGAGCAGUUCCAGUAGCCAUGGCAGUUUGGGAAGUCAUGGCAAUCGCCACAUCGGCAGUGGCACAUGCGACAGAAAUGACGUGAAAAAUAUUUUCCACCUCUUAUCCAAAAAAGACAUUUUUUACAAAAAUUUAAUUAAAAAUAAAAUCAAAAGUAACAAACCGCUAAUGAUCAAGUGCGAUAAUUUGAGUUUCUUUUUAAACAGAAAUAACUACGGGGGUAACGCCUUCCCGAAGCAGUUCGUCUCGAAUGUUAAAACAUCACACUUUGAUGAGAGCCAUCAGUUUGCUAGCGCUGCAAUGCCAUCCUCUAGAACACUCCAAGACCCAAGCGGUGAACAAAAUUUACACCAUAUGAACGACGAAGAGAGCGUUCCACCUUUUUUUGGUUCGUUUAAAGAAGAUCCCACCACCACAGGCAUCAGAUCGAACAACGGAGUUCCAAUUUUGAGUAUCCCUAAUAAUGCACAAGCUAAUUUGGACACCCCUUUUGAUCGUAUCAUUCCGAACCUGAACAUGAGCGAGAAUGCUGUGAUGAAUAUCAGUCCAUACUCCUCCGGUUACCCCCCCGAGAUGUUGAACCCAAAUGAUGCGAGUUAUUUCGCCCCAAAUGAGAUAGGGCAAAAUAAUGAAUCCGGUCUAUAUAACCAACACGGUUGCACCAAUUUUCCCAUUCCAGACCAAACUGAUAAUUUUAAUCCUACCCUUAUGAGCACAAAUCAGAACAACUCUGAAAGUAUCGGCCACGUAAAUUCUUUGAGUGAUGUUGGAAAUUAUGACCAGGCGAAUGAUUAUAAUGCUUAC